AUGAGUUUCUUUGCGAUUUGCGCUGAAAGCCAGCCUUCUUCUUCAGAUGCCAAUGGUGUUAAUGAUAACACCAUCGAUUUAAGGACGGAAAGUAAGUUUUGUUUGUUAUUGAGGGAUGUUGUCUCUGGUUUUUAAAGAGACGUUUGUUGAUAAUAUCGUGAUGAAUAUACCUAUUGAAUAUUGUGAUAGAGAUAAUGACGGAAUAUUACAAAUAUAUCCCUGUAAUGUCAUGAUAAAUAGAACUAUCGAUAUUGUCUUAGCUAAAAGUUCAUUUUUCAGCAUUCCCCUACUAUUCCGAGCACUUCCACGACCUUCGACAGUACAUAACCGACGUCCGCAAGCAGCUCUACCUCAAUCCAAAGCCUCACCGAGAAUAUCUACCCAACCUAGGAUCUCAAGAGUUCUCCGAUGCCGCCCGAUCUCUAUGUUUUGGACCAGAAAACCCGAUUCUGCAAGACGAGCACCGCCUUCUAGGUAUUCAGACGAUUGGCGGUUACGGCGCGAUAGUUGUAGCAACUCAUUUUAUAAAGAACAAUUUGAAAUUGAGCCGUGUUUACGUACCAUUACCUACGUGGGAGGAGCAUAUUGGUAUACUUGAGAGGAAUGGAUUGGAAGUUUGUGCUAUGACAUGGAGAACGAGGGAUGAAGCGGAACGAGGAGAGUGCAGACUGAUUAAGGAGGCUAAAUUAAUGCCUAAACAGUAAGAUUUUUGUAGGGAUUUAUAUUGUUUUAGGUAUUGAUAGGAUAUUAAAAAGAAAAACAAAACUUCUAAACCUUCUUUACAGCUCAGCGGUUCUUCUUCAAGCAUCCUGCCACAAUCCUACUGGACAAAACUUGACCAAAGCCGAAUGGCAACAACUACUUGACAUUUUCGAGGAAAACGAGGUUUUACCAUUAUUCGAUUUGGCGUAUCAAGGCCUCGGUAGAAGUCUAUCCGACGAUGCAUGGCCAAUCCGUGAAUUUGCGAAACGAGGAAAAGAGUUUUUGGUUGCUCAAUCAUUCUCCGCUAACUUUUAUUUGUUUGGUAAGGGUUGAAGGUUAAUAUGAGUGUCUUUGAAGGUUAAUAUGACAAUAACAAAUAUGUUUUGUCAUCUCAAAGCCAUUUUUCAAUUGUUUAAAGCUUUAAACACAAUAUUUCCCUUUCAGACGAAUCCCUAGGCCAUGUGAUAGCUGGCAUGGCGCCAAACCAUCCUGACAGCCAGAAGACAUUCCAGAACCUUCACUCGGCUUUUUCUCGGAUUGUACAAGUAAAAUGGGCGAAUCCAGCCUUCUUCGGAUGUCGAUUAGUGACAGAAGUUUUGACAAACCCAAGUUUGCUCGAAUCGUGGAAAAAUGCUCUCAAAAGUGUUAGGAUGAAGCUGCAAAAAGAGAGGAACAAGAUGAUUACGGGGCUGGAAGCAGACGAAAUCGCCAGCAAAUCAGAAGGAAUUUAUGUUGUUUUGAACUUAAAUGGUAUGUAUUCCUUAAAUACGAACUCUUGUUGGACAACUCAUCUUUUUAAACUACAUAAAUUAGUGUUAAACUUCAAUAGGAAGCCCAAUCUGAAUCUACCGAUACCUAAGUCAUUUCAGAAUCCCAGAUUUUGAAGCUCCAAACUGAUUUUAACAUCCUCAUGGACCCGAAUGGAUCCAUCAACAUGACCUGCUUGAAUAACAAAAAUCGUACUCGCUUUUACAACGCAGUAAACGCCGUCACUGUUACUGACACUAAAGAUAAGGGCAAACAACAUGAAGAUGAUGUACCAUUAAUUUUAAGCUACAUUUGA